UAAACCAAAAACACCAUUUUUAUUUUCUCUUUCUCUCUCUCUCUCUCCUCGCCAGCUUCUGCAAAUUCAGAAAAAGUUCGCAUCUUGCUGUCACUCUUGGCGAAUCGAAUCACGCCCUCUUAUUAAUCUUCUUCAUCUCUAUUGCGAUCUAUCUGGGUUUGUUGCGUAUUUCUUCUUCACGAUUCAAGUCUUCUACUUGCAUCACCCAAUCGUUGGGGAGGUUUAGGGUUUUUGUAUCGAGGUCGCAUCUGUAGCUUCGUAGAAGAAGCAUACUCGUCUCUUCUGUUUUGGUUAAAUCCGAGCUUGAAAGUGAUGAUUCCGAUGGAUAACUAUUGCGUACCGAGUACUAGCACGACUGGUUUAGUGUUUUCGGCGAAUUCGAACAUGAAUGCUUCCUCUGGAUUCCACCUUACUGUAAAUUCUCCGGCUUCAGUUACUGGACUCAAACAUGAAGCUUCUUUGGCUGUUGAUUGGUCUGCUGAGGAGCAGUAUAUAUUGGAGAAAGGUCUUGCAAAAUUUAAAGAUGAACCACAGGUUACGAAGUAUGUAAAGAUCGCAUCAACUCUACGAGAUAAAAGUGUACGGGAUGUAGCAAUGAGAUGUAAAUGGAUGACGCAAAAACGAAGAAAAAGUGAAGAACAUUGCGCCGGCACAAAGGUUAGCUAUAGAAAGGUGGUGGAUUUACCCCCAAAACUGAACAUGUUCUCCACUGUGCCGCAACAAAAUGCUACAUAUGCCAUGAACAAUAUGGGCCAGAGUCCACACAUGCCUUUUGAAGGUUUAAGUGAUACGGUUAUGGAGCGUCUGCGGCAGAAUACUCAAGCUUUCAGUCAAAUUUCUUCAAACCUUUCUGCGUGCAAGCCACAGGAUAACACCAGUCUGUUUAAUCUGGCAAGAAAUAACAUCAGUGCCAUCUUGAAUGACAUGAAGGAGAUGCCUGGUAUCAUAAGCAGGAUGCCACCUCUGCCCGUUUCAAUUAACAAUGAUCUUACAAGCAGUUUAAUGAUAAGUACUACACAGCCAAGAUCUUGUAGCAUUCCCUCGAGCAUCUUUCUGAAGAAGGAGCCAAGAAACUGAUUGGGGAGGAAACUGGAUUUGACCAAUGCUAAAGAAAAUAGCACAAGAAACUGGUAACUGGCAGUUGUUCGAGGUUACCCAGACUGAACUAUGAUGGUUUAUCUACUGCUAAAAUCUCUUGCAAACUCACAAGAUCGAACAAGUGGAAACCACCUUUGUGCUGUCGGCUAAUAUUAACACACUGAACCGCAGGCUAGUCAAAACCCCGUCUUGCAAAUGCUUUUAUGUCUCCAAAACUGAUUAUUUUUCCCGUGCCAGAAUGGUUUGGUGGUCAAUCCAAGAUAGGAAUUCGUUGCACAGAUCCGUGUUAGAGCUGGUUGUAUAGAUUAGCUGUUUCUGUAAGGUUUAGAUGAGAAUUAUUUGAAGUUUGUAUCAAGAACACAUCUUUGUAAGGUUUGGUCAUUGGAGGCAUAUUUUACAGUAUUUCUCAGUACAGCUGCCAUAAGAAAUGGCUCCUCUGUUUCCAUGGGUUGUGACCAUUUUUGUCUCAGUUCAGACAAAUUUUUCUUAAA